AUGAACACUACAUCUGAAUUAGUGGGCACAUUCCCCCCGCCACCAGGAGUAACACCAAACUUCAUCAAUCCUGAAAGCACCGCGUCUCAAGUCGUGCUCUGCACGAUCCUGACCCUGGUUUUCAUGAUCCCAUUUUUCGUUCUGCGAAUGUACACCAAAAAGUAUAUUCUCAAGCGUAUUGAUCCGGAAGAUUUUCCAGAUACUGAGGCUAAGUAUCAAGAUUCGAUAAUCCUUGCCGUGCUCUUUGCCUUGAUGUAUUCGAUCAUAAAUCUGCUACAGCUGAAGAACGGCGUUGGACGGCACAUAUGGGAUGUCACCCUUCCACAGUUCAAGCGGUUCAUUAUUACAGGAAUUCCUUCUGGGAUAUCUUACACCCUCUCAUCCCUCUUCGUUAAAGUCUCACUCGGGCAGUUCUAUAUCCGAGUCUCACUGGAUAAGUUUUUCAAGGUGGUAACAUACAUCAUUAUCUUUGUUUGGACAUUGUGUCAAUAUGAACGCAGCUUUCAAAACGCUCUCUGCGCUCAACGUUGCAACCGACGUGGCGCUUCUGAUCUUACCGAUUUGGUUGAUGUGGAGUAUGCAUCUACCAUUUUGGAAGAAAGUAGGGACUGUGUUCAUUCUUAUGACGGGUUCAUUUGUUUGCGCCGUGAGUAUCAUUUGGAUGGCUAUAAUGCCCUCAUUGGUGCAGCAGCAUGA